AUGGUUCAUCACAAAGUCGAUGUGGGUACUCUUCCGGAAUAUUGCAUAGUCUUGCUCAUAUCCAAGCAGCAUCAGUUUGCAAACGAGCAGUUUGAAUGGGACGUGAAAGAGAAUUAUCAGCGUUUGUUGCUCCUGGUCUGUCCGAAAAGAAAAUCACACUCUGACAAUGCAUGCUUCUCAGCAUGUAUCAAACUGUCGUUCUACUUCAAGAAACUCCCAGGCGUCGACGAUGACCACUUCCAAUUUCACGCAGUCAAAAUCCAGCGCUAUGUCCAGCUCUACCAGUCACCAGAGAUGAAAAAGAAGGUUCAGGAACUGGGCAUGGAGGUGAAGUUGUCUAUACAUGCAUAUUCAAAAUAUCAACUAACUUCACAGCUACUGGACUACGACGCGUGUAGCCAGAUCUGGGUCAGAAGCUGGGAUGACUGGGUUGAGUUUGCGAGCAGUCCAGAGUAUGUCGCCGCGCUGAUGCCAGAUGCUGAUCACUUCAUGGACUACAAGAAAAGUGGUAUCAAAGUCAUGGCAGGGUGA